GCCGCCACAAUGGGGAUGUCCAAGUCUCGGGGUUGCUUUGGCUACCCGUUGAGUAUCUUCUUCAUCGUGGUCAAUGAAUUCUGUGAAAGAUUCUCCUACUAUGGGAUGCGAGCACUCCUGGUUCUGUACUUCAGGAACUUCCUUAACUGGGAUGACGAUCUCUCCACGGCCAUCUACCAUACCUUUGUUGCUCUCUGCUACCUGACUCCAAUUCUUGGAGCUCUGAUCGCAGACUCGUGGCUGGGGAAGUUCAAGACAAUUAUUUCAUUAUCCAUCGUCUACACGAUUGGACAAGCAGUCAUCUCGGUGAGCUCAAUUAAUGACCUCACAGACCACGACCACAAUGGUACUCCUGACAGCCUUCCUGUGCACGUAGCACUGUCCAUGAUCGGCCUGGCCCUGAUAGCCCUUGGUACGGGAGGAAUCAAGCCCUGCGUGUCUGCGUUUGGUGGUGAUCAGUUUGAAGAGGGUCAGGAAAAACAGCGAAACCGGUUCUUUUCCAUCUUUUAUUUGGCUAUCAACGCUGGAAGCCUGAUCUCCACAAUCAUCACUCCCAUACUCAGAGUUCAGCAGUGUGGAAUCCACAGUCAACAAGCUUGUUACCCACUGGCCUUUGGGGUUCCAGCGGCUCUCAUGGCUGUUUCCCUAAUUGUGUUUGUCCUUGGCAGUAGAAUGUACAAGAAGUUCCAGCCCCAGGGCAACAUCAUGGGCAAAGUGGCCAAGUGCAUUGGUAAAACUCUUCCAGUCUUCCCUAGCGGAAAUCAAGUCCAAAUUAAGGUCUUGAACAUCGGAAACAAUGACAUGACCGUGUAUUUUCCUGGAGAGAAUGUGACACUUGCCCAAAUGUCUCAGACAGACACGUUCAUGACUUUUGAUAUAGACAAGUUGACAAGCAUAAACGUGUCUUCUUCUGGAUCCUCAGGAGUCGCUACAGUAGCUCCUCAGUUUGAGCAGGGUCAGCGGCACACCCUUCUAGUGUGGGACCCCAGUGAAUACCUUGUGGUAAACGAUGGUCUUAACCAAAAGCCAGAGAAAGGAGAGAACGGAAUCAGGUUUGUCAACACCCUUAAUGAGAUGAUCACCAUCGAAAUGAGUGGGAAAGUGUAUGAAAAUGUCACCAGUCACAGUGCCACCAACUACCAGUUCUUCCUUUCUGGCGAAAAACACUACACAAUAAACACCACAGAGGUUGCACCAAACUGUCCAACUGAUUUCAAAUCUUCCAACCUCGACUUUGGCAGCGCAUAUACCUACGUGAUCCGAAGGGCGAGUGAUGGCUGUCUGGAAGUGAAGGAAUUUGAAGACAUUCCACCCAACACGGUGAACAUGGCUCUGCAGAUCCCACAGUACUUCCUUCUCACCUGCGGCGAGGUGGUCUUCUCUGUCACAGGACUGGAGUUCUCUUAUUCCCAGGCUCCGUCUAACAUGAAGUCCGUGCUGCAGGCAGGCUGGCUUCUAACCGUGGCAGUCGGCAAUAUCAUUGUGCUCAUUGUAGCAGGGGCCGGCCACUUCAGCGAACAGUGGGCUGAGUAUGUUCUGUUUGCCUCAUUGCUCCUGGUUGUCUGUAUAAUUUUCGCCAUCAUGGCUCGAUUCUACACCUACGUCAACCCAGCAGAGAUCGAAGCACAGUUCGAUGAGGAUGAGAAGAAAAAGGGUGUAGGAAAGGAAAACCCGUAUUCUGCAUUGGAACCUGUCUCACAGACAAAAAUGUGAAGGUCAGAAGGCAAGUGGAGAAUGCACCAAGUCCAGCAUGUACCCUGACCUCUGCCCAAGGGACAGGACAGGACACUCCACUGCAGAGCCCUUGAUGGAGAAGACCUCA